AUGGGCCCCUGUACCGCCUCCUCAUGCUGCUGCCAGGCCCGUAAUCUGCCAUGGGCCCCCUUACCGACUCCUCAUGCUGCUGCCAGGCCCGUAAUCUGUCAUGGGCCCCUGUACCGCCUCCUCAUGCUGCUGCCAGGUCCAGAGUGUGUCAUAGGUCCCUGUACGGCCUCCCAUUGCUGCUGUCUCCAUCGCCACACUCUGCCAUGUGCCACUUUCAGGUCUCCUCACACUGCUGGUGGGUUCCAUUUUGUCAUAGGGUGCUGGCAGAUUACGGGCCUCCCAUUGCUGCUGCCAGGCCCGUAAUCUGCCAUGGGCCCCCGUACCGACUCCUCAUGCUGCUGCCAGGCCCGUAAUCUGUCAUGGGCCCCUGUACCGCCUCCUCAUGCUGCUGCCAG